AGCAGAAAAUUUAUAGAGAGUACAGAUACAAAAGGCAGUAAGCUACGAGCGUAAUUUUUCUUUAGUAACGCGAUGCAAGCAUCACGAGCGGAUAUCGUGAAAACCUCUGUGAACUCCGCUGAUGUUCCACUUGUUCCCGACGCAUUAGGAAAUCGGGAGUCGUCGCUACAUAGUUCACCUAGCUCCGUGGCGUCUUCUCAACCUUCGGAGAAAUUACAUGUUCAGGAAGACUACUUUGGAAUGGAGACGGCCAUCUCUGAUCCGCGAUCGCCGGGGUCAGUGUUCUUGCAGCGCGUGCACGACCUUCCCCUAGUACAGGGGCUACUGCGUCUCUAUGCUGGCGUCAAAUCAUUGCCGUUUGUGGGCCUUGCAUUGACAGUAGGCGAGGUGGUAGCAGGGUUCGUAGUGAUUGGUCUCGUGCCUUGGAUUGGUGUCUGCGAACCAGUGAUCAGUUUGUACAAAGUGGCAUCGUGUGCUGAUAGGUGCAUGUGUAAAGGUCUAGACGUUGUAGAAACGGUCUUACCGUGCAUCUCUGUUUUACCUCUGAAGAUGUUCGAGAUAACUAGAACAUGCCUUGUAAGGUGCGUCUGCUGUCUUCCCCGCUGCAUUAUCGCUUUGAUAGCUCAACUUUGUUCAGCAUCAAAAAUUUGAUCGCUUAUUCAGAGAUUUUAUAAACUAUUUUAUUCUAUAUAUUUUUAAUUUUAUUAAUAUAAAAUGUGUGUAAAAGAGUCCAAUAAAUUGUUUUUCUUCCGUUUUUUUU